UCCCCAUAACACCUUUCUCUCUCUCUUUGAAACACACAUUCUCUCUCUCUCUGCGCUUUUCUCUCUCACACACAGAACACACAUUCAUGUGUAGGAGAUGAAUCAGUUGUACAAAAUUUCUUUUUGUUGGAGAGAUAAUCUCGAUGCUUCCGUUUGAUAGGGUGCUAUUUUCUUCUACUCAAGCAUGAAUCGCUCCUCUUGCUUAUUUUAAUUUCUAUCAUUUCCCUUCUUUUUCCGUUGUAUUUCCUCCCAAUUUACCAAAAGAAGCUUCAUACGAAGUGGUGCGAAUGAUGCGCUCUUAGCUCAUCUGAAUUUGUUUGUUUCUUUCACACUUUCUUUCAUGGGUUCGUUUUCUUCUGCUAAAUCUUUUCUAUCUCUAACUUCUUUGUGAUAGAAGGUUUCACUUCAAGAUUUCGUCUUUGUGUAUAUAUGAAGCAAAUGUCUAUCAAAAAAGGAGUCAUUCAGUGAAUUAGUUCAGGCUCUACUACAUGAUGACAAAAAUGAUUGCUUUUAUCUAAACUAAGCGAAUGCUUUUAAUCAGAUAUUUGGGAUGCUUGAUUUGAAGUUCUAGAGAGAGAAAGAUAGAGGAGAGUUCUUGUGACUGUUUAAGACAGCACAAGAAGACAGAAGAUAAUCUGUAGCAGAUGAUAUCCAUUGAUGAUCAUCCACCACCAGAUCCUUCAUCAUCUGAUUAUCAUAAUCAUCAUCAACAGCAACACCAAAUUUCUCAUGAUCUCAAGAUCAAUAAUGGCGAGAAAGCUCCUGCUUCUGUUUCUGUUUCUGACAUAGAUCUGCUGAAGCUUACUGAUGCAUAUCUUGAUGACACCAACAACCGACUUCCCAAUUUCUCUAUAAGAGAUUAUGUUUUUGGUUCAAGAUGCAACGAUAAUAUCACCUGUAAUUGGCCGUUUUCUAGUAAAAGUUUGCAACUAUGUUUGGAUUAUGGUGUGAAGAAUUUCUUGCCACCUUUCGAGUCUCUUGAUUCACUGAGGAAUAAUUCAUCUAUCAACAAUGAAGAAAUCACAACAAGUUUUAAUUGCAAAUCAAAAGAUGAUCAUCCAAUGGAUCGUUUAGUUAAUUUCAUUGUCUCAGAGACUACAAUGGCUUCUAAAAUUUGUCCAGUUUGCAAGACUUUUUCAUCAUCUUCAAACACCACUUUAAACGCACACAUUGACAGGUGUCUAUCUGAGGAGUCAAAGUCAAAUAUUUCAUGGAGUGUGAAUCCAAAUCCUUCUAAGAUAAUGGUGAAACAUAGGAUCAAACCUAGGAAAACAAGGUUAAUGGUGGAAAUCUACAAAACUGCUCCACAAUGCACUGUGGAAGAGCUUGAUAGAAGAAAUGGUACAAAUUGGGCUACUAAUUCGAGUUUUCCUGAUCAAGAAUUUGAGUGUCAAGAAGAAGAGGAAAAAGCUUUCAAUCAAGAUCAUGAAGGUGCUGUUUACAUUGACACAAAUGGCACAAAAGUUCGGAUCUUGUCAAUGCCAGAAAUUGUAACUUUAGAAGCUCGAAAGUUACAAAAAGGGAGUAAAAUUGUCAUGGAGAAGAAGAAAAAGAAAGUUUAUGUGCAAAAAAGUUUGAACCUUACCCCUAAGAGCAAAAAGUUGAGCUCUCUAAAGCCUCACUCUGAUGUUUCUAAGGAAAACAAGAUUGAAGAAUCCAUGAAAGGUAAAGUAGAUAAGCAGUUGAUCAACAAUUUGGUCAUUACAAGGCCACCAUGGGCUUGUUCUAAGAGAACUGUUCUUGUAAAGAAGCUGAAUGGAAAAAAUGGAAUGUUGCAUUCAGAAAGUGAUAAGUCUUCUGAUAAUAUGUCUUCUUUACAUUAUAGCAAGAAAGCAAGAACAAAAUUGACAAAAGGGAUAAAGUUUGCAUCUUUGAACCCGAAUCUAUUGUUAUCCACUCAAGAAAACAAUUCAGGAUCCAAGAUUAAUUUGAAAAGGAAAUCUUUACACCUCAAGAAAUCGAAUGAAAAUGAUGACCCAUUUCAAGAUUCUUUGAAACACAAAUCAAGAAUCGAAGAAGAAGAAGAAGACAUGAGCAAAAACUCGUCUUUUGAAAUGGAGAAUGUUUUUGAAGUCAAAAAGAAAAAAUCAAUUACUUCCAAAAGUUCAGAUGUGGAUUCUUUAGAAUCCAUUAGAACCGAAAUCCCAUUUCAAGGAAGUUUUAUGGGUUUGAGAAACUCAUUAGAUGACGAGUUUUCAAAAUUUGAGUUGCAGGAAUCCAUGGAAAACAUUCAUAACAUUGAAGAUGAUGACAUGGAUGAUGCUAUUGAAAAGCAAGAAAAUUACUUUCAAGAAGUCGAUACAAUACCUAUCCCGGGCCCACCUGGAUCCUUCCUCCCUCCUAGCCCUGGUGGAGAUAUAAUUUCUGAACAACUUCAACCCAAUAAUUCAUCUUUGACCACUACAAUAAGUAGACUUCAGUCAACUGAAUAUCAUCAUCCUCAUCAUCAUCAUCAACAUCAUGAUCAUAUGAUAAACAUGGACUUCAUGUCUGAAUCUCCAAAUUCAACCAUCUCAAGUCCCAGCUUCAUAAGAUCUGAUGACAAAUUCUUUCCAAGAUUCACUUCCCUACAAGAUCCCAAUCUAUGUUACACAGAUGUUAUGUUUGAUAAGAAAUCUACUCCCAUGGCUUCUUCUUCUUCUGGAUUCAAGAAUGAUCACCAUUGCUGUUGUUCUAGAAAAGAAGCUGUGUUUCCUAAAAAUAUUUCUUCAUAUCCUCGAGAAUCAGUUGUUUCAAGGAAUGAAUCAAUAAAGAUUCCAGUUUAUAAAGACUGUGAAUCUGUUGUCACUGCACCUGUUCUCAGGCUAAUGGGGAAAAAUUUGACUGUGGUCAACACAAAUGAUCAUAUUGUUGACCAAUUUAGACCUCCUUCUUGCUCGAUUUCAAUGACUCAUCAUCAACAUCAACAUCAACAUCCACUUAUCUUUAACCAUAAUCAAAAUGGUUCUUCAAGCAUUUUACAUCCAACUUCUCAUGGAUCUUCAUUGGGUUUCAUACCAAAUAUCAGAUCUUCUUCUACUUCAUACUAUCCUCCUAGCUUCUCAUGACUAAAAACUUGAUGAUGGAAAAGUUUACAGAUGAGUUUUCAAUCGUUACAUUUUUUUUCUUGUUUCUGAAAGUUAGUGUGAUUUGAUUACAAGACUUUGACUAGCCUUACUUACUUACUUAAAGCUAUAUGAAGGAACCUCAUCUUUAAAAGUUCUUGCAUGGUUUGACAAGAUGUGAAAAACAAGUCAUGCAUAAUGGAUCAGAUAUAUGGAUUAGAUUCGAUGGUAUAUAUUCAUAUUUGGAUCUGUUUGUAUAGAUACAGAUAUGAAUAUGUUCGAUUAUGGAUUGGAUUUGGAUAUUUUGUGUUUUGAUAUCUUGACUAAUAUAAAAAGAGAAUCUAGAGAAUA